GGACACAGAGGACAGACGCUUUUUAAUUUUCAUCAUGCCGAGAAAAAAGGAUGUGGCUGCAGUGGAAGAUGUCGGGAUAGAAGUAGACGCUGAUUUGAGUGACAGUGGUGAUGAUGCCGCCAAGAGAAGAGGAAACAAGAGGCAGGCAGGAGGAAGAGGAGGUGCAAAGGGAAAAGGCCGAGGGAAAAAGGCAGCCAGCGAGGAGGAAGAUGAGGAUGAGGAAGACGAUGCUCCAAGGGGACGCAGAGGAGGAAACAGGAAGCCCAACAAGAAACGCGGUGGUGGCGAUGAUGAGGAUGAGAGCGAGGACGAUGCUCCCAAGAGGAGGCGAGGAGGAGCAGCCAAUAAGAAGAAAGGAGGCAAAGCUCAGGACAGUGAUGAGGAGGACAGUGAUGCGGGGAAAGGAAAGAAGGGCAGGAGGGGAGGAAAGAAAGGAAAAAAGGAUGAGGAUGAUGAUGACGAUGAAGAGGAGGACAGUAAGAAGGGAAAAGGGAAGGGCAAGGGGAAAGACAAGGACGAUGACGACAAGAAGAAAAAGAAGAAGACUGACGGCAGUUCCUCUAAUUCCAACUCUGAAGCUGAGGGGGGUGAGGGGGAAGAGGAGUCCAUGUCAGAGGGAGAGAUGGCCAGCCUGAUGGAGGAGGUGGAGGAGAAGAAGAAACUGAUUGCAGACAUCAGGAACAAGCCGUGGAGGAUGAAGCGCCGGCUCACGCACCUGAAGGAGGCUCAACGAUUCGUGGAUAAGUUUGAAGGAGCUUUGGGGAAAGGAAAAGGCAGGAAGUGGUAUGCCUACAAAGUGAUGAUGAUGAAGAAAUGGAUCAAGUUCCAGAGGGAUUUUGAGAAUUUCAGAACAGCCUGUAUCCCCUGGGAGAGGAAGAUCAAAGAGGUGGAAAGUCACUUUGGAUCAUCUGUGGCGUCUUACUUUAUUUUCCUGCGCUGGAUGUAUGGCAUGAACCUGGUCCUUUUUGGUUUCACUUUUGGACUUGUGGUCCUCCCUGAGGUUCUGAUGGGCCUUCCCUAUGGGUCUAUACCCAGAAAGACUGUACCCAGAGCAGAGCAGCAUUCCGCUCAGGACUACUCUGUCCUCAUGGACUUCAAUGGCUACUGUAAAUAUUCAGUCCUGUUCUACGGAUACUACAACAGUCAGAGGACCAUCGGCUUGCUCAAGUACAGGCUGCCUCUGUCCUACCUCAUGGUUGGGAUCGGCACCUUCGGUUACAGCCUGAUGGUCGUGAUCCGCACAAUGGCCAAGAACGCUGAUGUUGGUGGUGGAGACGGAGAUGAAGGAGAAUUCACAUUUGCCUGGAAGAUGUUCACCAGCUGGGAUUACCUGAUAGGCAAUGCAGAGACUGCUGACAACAAGUACGCCUCCAUCACCACCAGUUUUAAGGAGUCCAUCGUGGACGAGCAGGAGAACCAGAAGGAUGAGAACAUUCACCUGAGGAGGUUCCUCAGAGUCCUGGCUAACGUCAUGAUUAUCUGCAGCCUUGGUGGUAGCGGAUACCUCAUCUAUUUUGUGGUCAAGAGGUCUCAGGAGUUUGCCGCCAGGGACGACCUCAGCUGGUAUGAGAAGAACGAGUUGGAGAUCAUUAUGUCUCUGCUGGGUCUGGUGUGUCCUCCUCUAUUUGAGACCAUCGCUGAGCUGGAGAACUACCAUCCUCGAAUUGCCCUCAAGUGGCAACUCGGACGCAUCUUUGCCCUCUUCCUCGGAAACCUCUACACAUUUCUCUUCGCCCUGUUUGACGAGGUCAACACCAAGCUGGAAGAAGAAGGGGCCAUUAAGAAUGCCUCCAUCUGGGCCAUGAAGGAGUACUAUGCCAACUUCACAAAUAUGUACAACGACUCUGAGUCCACCCCACCCCCCAUGAACCCUGCUGAUGUCAUCAGAGGACCCUGCUGGGAGACAUUAGUUGGCAUAGAGUUUGUGAAGCUGACAGUGUCGGACAUCCAGGUGUCCUACCUGACCAUCCUGAUUGGUGACUUUGCCAGAGCUGUCAUUGUUCGCUUCCUCAACUACUGCUGGUGCUGGGACUUGGAGGCUGGGUUUCCGUCAUAUGGAGAGUUUGACAUCAGUGGUAACGUACUUGGAUUGGUCUUCAAUCAAGGGAUGAUCUGGAUGGGUGCGUUUUAUGCUCCCGGGCUGGUUGGCAUCAACGUGCUCCGCCUCCUCAGCUCCAUGUACUAUCAGUGUUGGGCCGUGAUGUGCACCAAUGUGCCCCAUGAGAGAGUCUUCAAGGCCUCCAAAUCCAACAACUUCUACAUGGGUCUGCUGCUCCUCAUCCUCUUUCUCAGUCUGUUACCUGUUGUCUAUACCAUCAUGACCCUGCCGCCUUCAUUUGACUGCGGACCCUUUAGUGGGAAGCCGAAAAUGUUUGACGUUAUCAUGGAGACGAUUGACAUGGACCUGCCAGCAUUCAUGGGGACGCUCUUCAGCUACGCAGCCAACCCAGGCCUCAUCAUACCAGCUGUACUGCUCAUGGUACUGGCCAUUUAUUAUCUGAAAUCAGUGUCUGAGGCCUACCAGAACGCCAACAAUGAGCUGAAGAAGAAGAUGCAGAUGGCUCGAGAUGAAGAGAAGAACCGGAGGAACAACGCGGACAGCACUAACCAGGUCUUGAAAGACCUGGAAGACCUGCUGCCGAACAAAUCCCUUGCUCCUCCGCCUGAACCUGAGCCAGAGCCGGAACCAACUCCGACUAAGACGAAGCCCGGGUCAGCCGGUAAAGGCGUUAAGCUAGAAAAAGAUGUGGCUCUGGCAUCAGCCAACCCCAACACUCGAGGGCCAGUGAACCGAGCGCCAGGGCCGAGAGGACCGCCAGGUCAGGGACCAGGACCAGGCCGAGGCCGUGGCCCUCCUCCGAGAUAACACUGCGAGGAAAAAAAUCACAGUCCUUGCAAGCUGUGUUCAUCCCUCAGACAAUCUCUUCAUUUCACAGCUGGAGACAUAAACAGGCACAAAAACAAGGUGUUGAGAUUGUUACAAGAGCCUUCAUCAGGUUUUCAUAUUUUCUUACUGACGUCAACAACAAUUCUACCAGAGGUAAUUUUUGAAAACUGCAGCUGCAUAAUCUGUAACUUACAGUACCAUUUCACAACACACUGCAGUAAAAACCUCAAUUUAGUCUUGAGUAUCUCAUGAUUCAUGAAGGAAGAUUGUGUUGUUGCUCCAUGUUUAGGUUAAAGGUGGCAGACUUUUGAUCUUGUACGUAAUGUUAAUUAUUAUUAAUUUUAAUAACU